AUACCAUCCACCUCAUUAAUGGAAUAAUCCAAUGCACACACACACACACACACACACACACACACACACACACACCCAAGCUAGCUAAAUCCUUUUCCUUCUUAUUCUCCAUGUUCCCUCUUCCACUUACAUAUAAAUACAUCAACACUCUUAUAUCUGUAUAUAUACACUUCACAACCAUAUAUAUAUCCAACCCUAGCUAGUACUCAAAUAUCAUUACACUCUAUCUAGAGGAGCUACCAAUAUAUCUAUCUAUCUAUAUAGUUAGUUAAGUAGACAAAGAUGAUAGGGUGGGGGGAUAUCUACAAGGUGGUGGAGGCCAUGGUGCCGCUGUACGUAGCCCUCGGCCUCGGCUACGGGUCGGUGCGGUGGUGGAGGAUCUUCACCCCGGAGCAGUGCGACGCGAUCAACCGCCUCGUCGCCUCCUUCACCCUCCCCCUCUUCACCUUCGAGUUCACCCUCCACACCGACCCCUUCGCCAUGAACUACCGCGCCAUCGCCGCCGACGCCAUCUCCAAGGCCAUCAUCGUCCUCGUGAUCGCCGCCUGGGCCAAAUGCAGCAGCAGCAAGGGGAGCUACUCCUGGUCCAUAACGAGCUUCUCCCUCUCCACCCUCACCAACUCCUUGGUCGUCGGCGUUCCGCUCGCCAGCGCCAUGUACGGCCGCUGGGCGCAGGACCUGGUCGUGCAGCUGUCGGUCGUGCAGGCCAUCGUCUGGCUCACGCUGCUGCUCUUCGUGUUCGAGCUGCGUAAGGCGCACAACGGGCUCUCCGUCACAAAUGCUGCAAACAGUGGUGGUGGUGGUCUGAGCCCAGUGAAGGAUGUGGAGGGGAACGCGACGAACGUAACGAGGCCUUCUUUCUGGUCACUGAUGAAGGUGGUGUGGCUCAAGCUCGCGGUCAACCCCAACUCCUACGCGUGCUACGUCGGAAUCACUUGGGCCUUCAUUUCAAAUAGGUGGCACUUUGAAAUGCCAGGCAUCAUGGAGGGCUCAGUGCUAAUGUCCAGGGCAGGGACAGGAAUGGCCAUGUUCAGACAUGGGCCUCUUCAUGCACUGCAAGAGAAGAUCAUCGCGUGCGGCCGGCUUGACGGUGUUCGGAUGGCUCUCAGGUUCGUCGCAGGCCCUGCAGUGGCGAUCGGAUCGAUCGCUGUCGGCCUUCGCGGCGACGUUCUUCGUGUCGCCAUCAUACAGGCUGCGCUGCCGCAAUCCAUCACCUCAUUUAUUUUUGCGAGGGAAUACGGAUUACAUGCCGAUGUUCUCAGCACUGGGUCUUUUGGGAUGCUUGUUCUCUGCACUGCUAGUUGCAUACUAUGUGCUCUCUAG